AUGCCCCAGCGUUAUAAGAUCAAGAUGAUGUUAAAAAAAAGACAGUUUUCUACCAAAUUCGAAGCGAACAAAUUCGAAUUGCUAUGCAAAUAUGGUUCAGACUUGACCGAAUUGGCUGAGAAGGGUGAAUUGAAUCCUGUUAUUGGCAGGGGAAGAGAAAUUGAACUUGCUAUGCAAAUUUUAUGCAAAAGGAGGAAAAACAGUCUUUGUUUUCUUGGGAGUCCUGGCAUUGGACUUACUUCAAUUGUUGAAGGCCUUGCGCAACGAAUUGCUGCUGAUUCGGCUCCUCUUCGAUUCCUAGGGAAGAAGGUUAUAGCGAUUCAGAAGAGAAAUAUUUUUUCGGGUUGUGAAGCUUCUUUGUCUGAGAUUGAGCAAAGGAUGACCGCGUUAAUUGAAGAAUUGAAACAAACUGAUGGAAUGGUCAUUCUGUUUAUGAAUGAAGUUGAUCUUCUUUUAAGAAUAGGGGACAAGAUUGAUCAAUGUGUAGGUGCCUUUACAAAGAAAGAGUACCAAACUUACAUAGAGUCAAAUACAACUUUAAGAGAACGUUUUCAGCCCGUCGACGUGCCAGAGCCAACAGUUGAGGAGACUCUCCAAUGCUUGAAACUUUUACAUGUAAAAUAUGCAGCACAUCACAAUGUUAAAUACUCCAAGAAAGCUUUAGUUGCUGUCGCUCAGCUAUCAAGACGUUCCCAUAGUGAUGGUUUUGUGAUCGACAAGGCAAUUGACAUGAUGGACGAAGCAGGAGCUCGUGUGAGUCUUCAAUUGACAAAAGCGGCAUCAGACAAGAAAGUAAAGGUGACAAAGGAGCACAUAACAUCCCUAGAUAAGUCAGCUAAGAAGCAAGUCGGAAAGUCUUUUAUGCAUAGAGUUAGCACCCUAGAGAAGCCUAAUUCACUCCUCGAAAUGGAAGCAUGUCUUAGGAAGCAUAUCAUAGGACAAGAAAAAGCAAUUGAAACACUUAGCAGUGCCCUCCUUCGCGCUAAAGCAGGAAUCAGGGAUACUAAGCGGCCUAUUGCAAGCUUCAUUUUCACUGGCCCAACUGGUGUAGGAAAAACAGGACUAGCCAAUGCUGUAGCCAUCGAGUACUUUGGAUCGUUGAAGCACAUAAUAAAGCUCGAUAUGAGUGAAUACAAGGAACAACAUUCUGUUUCAAAGCUUUUUGGUUCACCUCCUGGAUAUGUAAGUCAUGGAGCUGGAGGUCAACUAACCAAAGCAGUCAUGAAUCAACCCGAGAGUGUAGUUGUGUUUGAUGAGGUCGAAAAGGCUCAUCCAGAUAUCUUCAACACGUUACUUCAAGUGCUCGAAGAUGGUACUUUGACUGAUGGUAAAGGUACCAAAUUCAGUUUCACCAAGACACUCAUUAUUUUCACAUCAAACAUCGGUCACAACUUGUUCAACCAAUCAAAUUACGACUCAGAAUGUGGUGGAGAACAAAACUAUCAAGAGCUAAAGGAGCAAGUUAUGGAAGAACUUAAGAAGUUUUUCAGGCUUGAACUAUUGAAUCGAUUAGAUGAUAUUGUAGUAUUUCAACAAAUUAGAAAUCGCGAUGACUUGAUGAAGGUAUUGGAGAUAAUGCUUGACAAAUUAUACGAAAGGCUGAAACGCAAAGACAUAACUGUAGAGAUAAAGGAUAACGUGAAGAACAAGUUAAUAGAAGAAGGGUAUGAUCCUAUCUAUGGAGUUCGCCCAUUAAGGAGGUGCAUUACCAGGCUAAUCGAGGAUGCCUUAGCUCAGUGGAUUGUCGAUGGAGAUGUUAAGACCGGCGAUUCGCUAGUCAUUGAUCUCGAUAGUCAUGGCAAUGUCAUUAAGCUCUAA